UCACUUCUUCUCAUCCAUUAGAUACUCAUACGUCAUAGGAUGAAAUUACCAAAUUUUCUAUGCUGCUAAAAAGGACUGAAACAAAGUAAACAAAUUUAUAGAAACAGAUAGAGUAUAAAAGGCCAAGUUAGAGUCUUCACGCUCUCUCUUUGGCGGCCGUAAGCGCUCCUCUCUUUCUAUCUCAAGCUUCGCGCUUUUUGUAAACCCUAAUUUCACUCAGUGUAUAUGCUUCAUAUACACCUUUACCCGUAGCUAGGCUCUCAAGUAUAUAUUUUUUUUCUGUAUAUUUCAAUCUUAGGGAUUCAGCUUGGAGGAGGCAGUAAUGGAGGUUUCAGCAGGCCAAAAACAGAACAAACAUCAACAGUUUGCUUUGGCAUCGAUAACUGAUCUGUAUCCUUCAUCUCCUUCUUCUUCUUUAGCUUCUCCAGUGGUUGCUAGGUUUAGCGCCGAUAAUGGAGUUGAGGAGCUUCGAUUUCUUCACGAGUCUGACGCUGCUGAUUUUAUUAAUGUCGAUCUUAGUACUGCUCAGUUAUUCAAGCUAGGACCUGAUCGAUCAGUUUGCAUAUAUGAAGGCUCAGCAUCUGAUAUCAGUAAAGAGAAAUAUUCAAGAGGAAUCACUAUCCAAUUUAGAAAUGAGGAGGAGAGCAGGGCCUUCCAUUGUGCAUUUGAGCAAUGGAAGAAGGAAGUCAUUGUUCAAGGAAUAACCUUACCGAAUGGAGCGGUCACAGAUCAUAAAAGCAAGUUUGAUAAUAAAAUAGAGGCAUCAUCUGCUAAAAUGUAUUUUCAUUAUUAUGGACAACUGCUACAUCAGCAAAAUAUGCUGCAGGAUUAUGUGAGGACAGGAACCUAUUAUGCUGCUGUCAUUGAGAACCGUGCAGAUUUUUUUGGUCGUGUUGUUGUUGAUGUUGGUGCUGGUAGUGGUAUUUUGUCUUUAUUUGCUGCUCAGGCUGGUGCGAAGCAUGUUUAUGCUGUGGAAGCAUCUGAAAUGGCAGAAUAUGCUCGCAGACUAAUUGCUGGGAACCCAUCACUGGGUGAAAGGAUUACGGUAAUAAAGGGUAAAGUCGAGGAAGUUGAAUUGCCGGAGAAAGCAGAUAUUCUGAUCUCUGAACCAAUGGGCACCUUAUUGGUCAAUGAAAGAAUGUUAGAGUCCUAUGUAAUUGCCAGAGAUCGGUUUCUUCUCCCUAAUGGAAAAAUGUUCCCUACAGUUGGAAGAAUGCAUAUGGCACCUUUCAGCGAUGAAUAUUUAUUUAUUGAAAUUGCUAAUAAGGCCCUCUUUUGGCAGCAACAAAACUAUUAUGGAGUUGAUCUAACACCUCUAUAUGGAUCUGCAUUCCAGGGAUAUUUUUCUCAGCCUGUUGUAGAUGCUUUUGAUCCAAGAUUAUUGGUGGCUCCUGCAAUUUUUCAUGUGAUAGACUUCACUGAAAUAAAGGAAGAGGAAUUAUAUGAAAUUGAUAUUCCCUUAAAAUUCAUAGCGUCUGUGGGCACCAGAGUGCACGGGUUGGCUUGUUGGUUUGAUGUGUUGUUUAAUGGAAGUACUGUACAAAGGUGGCUUACAACUGCUCCUGGUGCUCCUACAACCCAUUGGUAUCAAUUACGAUGUGUUCUGUCUCAGCCACUCUAUGUCAUGGCAGGGCAAGAAAUUACUGGCCGGCUCCGCAUGGUUGCCCACAAUGCUCAGAGUUAUACCAUAUAUUUGACACUGUCAGCCAAAAUGUGGGGUCCUGGUGCUGAACAAGGAGGAAUUCUUCAGACAUCAUCAUGCAAACUUGACCUAAAGGAACCAUAUUAUAGAAUGUCUCAGCCACAAGCCUAUGCAAUGGCACAAGAUCAGCAACCACACCAACUGAUACAUGCCCAGCGUUUACAUCAGCCUUCAGAAAAUUUGAAACGCCAAGUUUUAUCUAUGAAGUUGGAGGAUGUUCACAUUCAAUCAGAGGAUUUAGAAGAACCUGAGUUGAUACAGCCACCAUCUCAAAAUUUGGAAGCUCAACUCUAAUAAGUUUGUGGUGGAAUUUUAAAGAAAGCAAUUUUUAAAGUGGCAUAUGUUUGAGGUAUAAAAAUUUGCUGCUUCCCGGCAAGGGUUCUGCAUUGGUGAGCAUCAUGUACUCUUCUCUGCGCCGGUUCAGUUCCCUUGUAAAUUAGAUCAACGUUAUUAAAACUAUUUUGUAUGAUUGGUUGCAUAGUUGAUCUUGUGUGCUAUUUCAUAAUUGCUUUAGCGAUUUAAAAUAAUCAAAUCCAUUAUGGUUCAUGAUUCA